UUUCAACCCCUAAUUCUACUACAGAUAGUAAGUAGAGCUCCACUUUGGCUUUGCUUCAACACACAAAGCACAGCCCAACUGCAGUACAGCAUCACCGGCGUCUCUCUCUCUCUCUCUCUCUCUCUCUGUAACAGGGUUAUUAUUAAGGAAGAAUGAAGGCAAGCCUGGAAGGAGAAAAAGUGAUACUAGUCCCAUACAUGAAAGAACAUGUCCCCAAUUACCAUAUCUGGAUGCAAGACCCCACCAUUCUCCAAGCCACUGCUUCCGAGCCUCUCACUCUCGAUCAAGAAUACGAGAUGCAAAUUUCUUGGUUUCAAGACCCCCUUAAGCAGACGUUUAUAGUGCUGGACAAAGAGUUGGUGGUUGGCGACUUUGUUCAUGGACAAUCCCAUACUGAAGCCAUGGUUGGUGAUGUAAAUAUAUUUAUGAAUGACCUCGACGAUCCUCAAACGGCUGAGGUGGAAAUUAUGAUUGCUGAACAAAAAAGCCGUGGCAAAGGACUUGCAAAAGAGUCGAUUCUGCUCAUGAUGGCUUUUGCAGUUGAGAAUUUCGGCAUCCACAUCUUUCGUGCAAAGAUUGGUCAAUCAAAUGAAGCUUCUCUUAACCUCUUCAAGAAAUUGGGCUUCGAGGAGACCUCUCGCAGCGAGAUCUUCAAAGAGAUUACGCUGGAAUUACCGGUAACAGAAUCGAAGAGUGAGGAACUCCAUCAAUUAAUCAACAACGUUGUAACUCAUUCAUGACCCACAAUAAGCCAUUACUUCUUGAGAAAACAAAACAAAAAACAAAAAAACGGUGCUCUUAUUUAUCAGUGUGUUGCUUCACUUUUUAUUCAAAAACCAUAAUUUUUACAUUCCAUCAAAUGGUAUGCUUUUAUCGAGGCUGAACCGAGAAGUCUAUUGUUCCCAUUGACUGAAGAUGCGGAUCCGACGUUGAAUGAAUCUGAGGAAUACCGCUCGAAACCGAAUUUCCGGACUGCCACACGUGAUUGACAACAGGCCCGUUUUCAAGCGGGCCCACAACAGCGUAUAUUAUCAUCUCAUUUUUUUUAUACUCUGCAGAAACAUUCGAGACCAGAAAACUGAUUUGUGAGGGUAGCAUAGAGGGGUUGUAGCUUGUGAUUGAGGUUGGAUAAACAGUCAUGCUACCGUUUGAGUAACGGAAAGCAACGAGAGCUUGUGAACCGACCAUGCCUAUGCCUGUGGGGUUGAUGCCCCAUGCAAUCCACCCUCUUGGAGUUUGUUUGGACCUGUAUGCAAUUGAGACCUUCUUGAGGGAUGGAUUGUAAUUCCAGUGAAGAUGGGCUCUUAAAUACGGAAGGUCGGUGCAGGAGUUGAAGGUUUUUUCGGGUGAGAAUGUUUUC